GGAUCUGAGGAAGCUUUUUAAUGGUUACAGAAAUGGAUGGAGCUAAGCGGAACAGAAGUAACUGCGCUAAGCAGGAGCCAGGGGCGCAACAGAAGAUGAUAAAAAAUGGGAACAACAAGCGUGACCUUAUCCCAGAAAGAGUGACUCUUAAAAAAGAAAUUGGACUGCUAAGCGCCUGUGCCAUCAUUAUAGGUAACAUCAUAGGUUCUGGAAUCUUCAUCUCCCCGAAGGGGGUUCUAGAACAUUCCGGUUCAGUUGGCCUGGCACUGAUCGUGUGGAUGCUGGGAGGAGGGAUAUCUGCCCUGGGCUCCCUCUGCUAUGCUGAACUGGGAGUCACCAUUCCCAAAUCAGGUGGAGACUACUCCUAUGUGACAGAAAUAUUUGGAGGCCUGGUGGGUUUUCUCUUGCUAUGGAGUGCAGUGGUCAUCAUGUACCCAACGACCCUGGCGGUCAUUGCCCUCACCUUCUCCAGCUAUGUCCUGCAACCCAUCUUCCCCAACUGCCUCCCCCCGUACAUGGCCACCCGCAUGCUGUCAACUACCUGUAUUUUGCUCCUGACCUGGGUGAAUUGCUCCAGUGUACGCUGGGCCACCAGGAUCCAAGAUGUCUUCACUGUGGGUAAACUGCUUGCACUGGGACUUAUCAUUGUGGUGGGACUGGUGCAGAUCUGUCAAGGGCACUACGAGGGGCUGAUGCCACAGGUUGCCUUCGAGUUCUCCAGGUCGCCCUCCGUUGGGCAGAUUGCCCUGGCCUUCCUGCAGGCCUCCUUUGCCUUCAGCGGCUGGAACUUCCUCAACUACGUGACUGAGGAAGUGGUCAACCCACGACGGAAUCUACCUCGUGCCAUUUACAUCUCCAUUCCAUUGGUGACCUUUGUGUACACCCUCACCAACAUCGCGUACUUCUCCUCCAUGUCACCCGAGGAGCUGCUGUCAUCCAACGCUGUGGCUGUUACCUUUGGGGAGAAGCUGCUGGGGAUGUUCUCCUCUGUCAUGCCCAUCUCCGUGGCUCUGUCUACUUUUGGGGGGAUAAACGGAUAUCUCUUCACCUCCUCCAGAUUGUGUUUCUCUGGAGCCAGAGAGGGUCACCUCCCCAGCUUGUUGGCAAUGAUCCACUUUAAGAACUGUACCCCAAUCCCAGCUCUCCUAGUCUGCUGCACUGCCACCAUUGUGAUCCUGUGUAUCGGAGAGACACACAACCUGAUCAACUAUGUGUCUUUCAUCAACUACCUCUCCUAUGGAGUCACCAUUGCGGGCCUGCUCUACUACCGCUGGAAAAAGCCCAAGCUGAAUCGGCCCAUCAAGGUAAACCUGAUGGUUCCGAUUUCCUACCUGCUUUUUUGGGCCUUCCUGCUGGGUUUCAGCCUCUACUCAGAGCCUGUGGUGUGUGGUGUGGGCCUGGUCAUCAUGCUCACCGGUGUGCCUGUUUACUUCCUGGGGGUGCACUGGAAGGACAAGCCAAAGUGUAUCUAUGAUUUCAUUGAGUGUGCCACUUAUGUUGGACAGAAGCUGUGUUACGUGGUAUUCCCCCAGAUCGACCCGACUGAAGAAGGGCUGAACAUGGAAUGGAUUGACAAAUCUGAGUCUUGA